GAACGGCUUCCGCCGCGCCAGUCUUUCAGCAUGUCAUCGCGCGGCGCGCUCCUCGUGGUCCUGGCACUCAUUGCGGCGACGAACGCAGGGCCCUGCGGAAACGAUGAAGACCCAGACCGUGCAAGAUUUUGGUCUUGCUUCGCAAGGAAGCUGACUGCAACGGAGAAAAACGUCAUGAUCGACCUGAAAAACGCUUUUUUCCGAAGAUCCCAGAAGCAACUCAACUACCAAUGGCUCUGCGACCAGCUGUCAAUGCCUGCGAGGCGGCGCCAGCAAAUGGCUGCUUUUCUGGUGCAGAAAUUUAGGAGUGCACAGAGGGCAGGCAAGGUGAACGAACACUUGGCUUCGUGCGGGCGAACUGUCUACGAAGUCUGAUCGAUUGAGGAAAACAGCACCGAAGAGUCUCCAGCUGGAAGAACUAUGUAUCACCAUAAGGAAGCCGACGAAAGGAUUGCUGAUCAUCAGUGCACCUCACAGACAUUCCGUUUUAUUUAUUCCACAAAUUUCGCUCAUAACCUGCAAACAUUAUUGCGGACAAGUUAUCGCUGUCGGGAGAACCUAGGUCUGGAAUGGCGAUGCAGCACAGAGCACAUCACUGAAUGCGAUCAGCUAUACGUGUUGAUAACGUUUGUAGAUCAUUCUCUGUUGGCUUCUGUAAGUAAUGAAGAUUUUUCACGAGUAAAUAAUUGGAAUGGCACCAUUUUCGCACACUUUGGUCAUAUUGUUCAAGUGUUAUGCACUUUUCCGUGCACGCUGUCAACGUCACGCUGAAGACUGAAAGUGAAAGAACGCGAAGAGAAGACAAACUAACCGCGGCGUCACUACAAUUUCCAAUAAAAUUUGCUCAUGAGCUAUUUAUGAGCAAUAA